CAGCUACCCUUUGAAGGCGGGGGCAGUUCUCACCCACUGCUCCUGAAUGCCAAGCAGUGAAGGAGUGGAGCAGAGCACCACUCGUGGGGCAGAGCCAGCUCUCAGUGGUGCAAACCUCCUGCCUCACCCCACUUUGGAGCUGGCAGAUAUCCUGAUACCCAUUUCCCUGGCAUGGGCAGGGGGAGCCACGCUACCUAAAGGUGAUCUCUUGCAAAAAGCCUACUUUAAAUCGGCCCAAAGGAGGCAGGAGGAAGAAGCUAACCCUGCUAGCUCACUCUGUGCAGACUUUAAUUUCUCUCACAGAUAACAGUGUCUGCAGUGAUCUUCCAGAGGCCUUCACACGGAGGCCUGCCUCUGUUCCAGGGACAAUGAACCUUGUGGGCAGACUGACAGCCGGCAGAUAAGACUUGGGAAUUGCACCACAUAGCACACAUUGAUGGAUUUCAAGGAUGUACAAGAAGAGAACGAGACAACUGGGAAUGCUCAGUCCCACAAAGGCUGAAGGCAGGGGGAGGGGGAUCACUUUUACUACUCAUUUGGAGAAGAUCCAGGACAACUUCUUGGAUGUGUGCAGUAAAAGGGUGAAAGGCAAUGGGCACAAGUUGCAAUGAGGAGAAUUCCAGGCAGAAAUCAGUGGAGGAAGAAAUCACCAUGAGGGCAGUCAGACACUGCAACACAUGGUUUGUGAAACCUCCAUUUUUAGAGAUAUUCAGAGCUUGCCUGGGUAAGGUCCAGAGAAACCUCUCUGACACUGCUGUGAGAAGAGGUUGGCACAGAGACUGUCUUUAAUCUGAAUUGUAGGAGGAUAUCACAGAAUCAUAAAAUAAGAGCUGUAUGUGAGAUCUGUACCCUGCUGCUGCCGUGUCCAACUACAUGGAGCUGCAGAGGCAGCACAUGCAGCUCUGUGACAGGCUGCAAGAAAGCAUUUUCUGAGUGAAAAACAAAGAUCUUUGGUGAGUGAAAUUAAAGUGAGAAGUCUCAGGGUUCAAUCAGGAUGGGAGUCUAUUUUUUAGAAGCCCAGUUUUUUCCAAGACAUUGAAAGUUUUCUAUCAUUUGGAGUAGGCCUAAGCCAAUGCAUACCAAAGUUUCAUCUCCACUGUCUGCACCCAGUUCUGCUUUAGGUACUUGCUUGUUGCAUCUCUGAUACACAUACAAGCAAGGUUACAUCUUACAAAAAACUCUCCUCAAAGACUGUAAACAUGUAGAUUAAGGACUAAUCAAACCCUGCUGCUUCCCAGCAUCCCUGGAGGAUGGGACAGAGAAUCAGUCUACUUACAAGGGUAGUUUAUCUGCAAAAUGGAUCCAAAUAUAAACAUUUUUCUUUGGCAUAUGAAGCAAAUUUCUCCAGGUCUUAAAUAUAUAUGAGUCACUCAUCAAUUUCAGCUGAGGAAAUAAUGUUCUUCCAAAAACUAAAGGAAAAAGGAGACUAAAUGUUUGUUUCUAGUUAAUUACUGAAAUCAUGUGCUGUCUAAUAUAGCAAAGACUACUACAAGAAGGCCUUUUUGAUCUUGGAGAUAAUGUCAGAAAUGUUUGCAAUCACCUUCUCCGUCCUACUGGAAGAAUUUUGGUAUUACUUAAAUACGAGAUAUUUUCUUUGUCAGGUUUGAGGACACAGAAACACAGACCUCUUAAGGUGGUUUCCUACAUACCCUGAUUGACGUGAUUGAAGGGUCUUACAACUCUUCUCCACUGUGAGAAGUUGUAUUUAUUCAGAGACCAGCACAGGGCAGUUGUCCAGAAGUUAAUUAUUUAAAUUUUUUUUUUCCCUCUUGUCAAUGUAUAACUAGAAAAGAGGGAAAUGUUUCCAGCAUUCUACAGCAAAGUAUCACAUCGUGGAGGCUUCAUUUGACAAAGAAGUCAAAGAGAAGGAAGACAUCAACAUAGUUAAAAAAUGUCUGUGCCUUGACACAGAAUGCACAGUUGCUAAACUUUUCAAAUGCUGCUCAAUUACGUUUUAGUCUGCAGCAACUCUUGCCUGUGCAGCAGCUCAGGAUUGCUCCUGGUGGUCGGCUGGACUUUGGCCCUGUUGCUCCUUGGCACCGUUCUGGGUGUACAGCCCACUCCAGCAUCUGCCUCCGUGCCCCUUGGGAGCACCAGGGCUGCUCUUGUCUGCACAGGAGGAGCUGCCACGCCACCCAGCCACCCCAGCAGCAAUGUCAGCAAGAAACAAGAGGUGAAAGUGCUGUCUCUAGGUGAGACUGCAGGAAGCACCAGUAGGUCUGAGCUGGAAUUGAGCAAAUUGCUGCUGUCUGACCACUGACACUCACACACAGCAGUUCAGAUGAAGGCUGCUAUGCAGGGAUGUAUAAGAUUCCCUCAAAGGGAGCCAAGCAUUUGUCUGAGUAGUCCCUAAGAGGACAAAGCACAGCAGCAGUAAAUCUCCCUGCACUGAAUAUGAGGCACUCAUAUUCUCACAUAAGCACUACCCUUGCUAAGCUUGGUCAUUCUGAUAGGCAAGCUUAGUGUACAAGACUCUUUUCUAUCCUAAGAGGCUGUGUGGCUGGUUUUAUAAUGCCUCUUUAAAGCAUUUUAUUUCCUUUUUGAAAGCAAAAUGGAAGCCCUCUUACAGAGAAUGCCGCUUGGAGCAGCAGGAUUUGGCCAGUUAUUUUUCCUUGCAAAGUGCACAAAAUUAAUUUGCAGCAGCUUCUGAUAAGAAUAUACAAUGUCAAGGUCCUGACUGUGAAAAGCCAAGGAAAGAAGCACUGAUAACAAUUUUUUCAAGCUUUGUUGGGGUACGGAACAGAUUUUCAAGGACGCUGGGAUUGAAACACUUGCCAAAGCUUCGUCAUCUGUGUCAGCUAGAAACAUUUCUCCUCCAACAGAAAUGGUUUUGCUUUCCUCCUGUCACUUGCAAGCUCAGUUUUGCUCUAAAAAACUAACAAUGUGGAGAUGCUUCUUCUACAGUUUUUCUCCAGGGUUCUCUUUAAUGAGUGAACAAAACACAUGAUAGAAUAAAAAAAGGAGUUUAGCACUUAGUGGCACAAAUGAAAACAAAGCAUUUUUAGAGAUCCAUUCCAGCUAUGCCCCAAAUCAAGGAUCCCUUUUCCAGUGAUUUCAGCCUAAUUAAUUGUGUUGCUGGACUUCUUUGUAACUUCCUCGUUGCUCAAGGCAGCUCCCUAUUUAUUAUCCUGCUUCAGCAGGGAUGUCAGCCUAUCCCUGUGUGUGUGAGAGAGAGAGAAAAUAGAGCUGCAGCCGGCCAGCGUGUCCUGACAGACCCAGGAGGGCAGUGCUGGCAUCAGGAGGUUCAGGCUAAUGCCCUGCCCUGGUCUCACACCACAAUAGAGUUUUGCUAGAAUGGGAGUGAAACCCCAGGGAGAAACACCUGGGCAUUUUCCCUGUGCAUUUGAGAUGUAAGGUAGUAAUGACACAGAUCACUGCAGCACAAACAGCCUUAUUUUAAAUAGGUACUCUUGCACAAGACAUUUCCAGGGGUGAAUCUUUCCCUCCUGCAGCUUGAAUUUAACUUUGAUGGUACAUUAAACAAUUUCAUCACUUCAAAUGCCUGCAGUAUACUGAACAAAUACAAAAUCCCCGGGGUUAGUUUCUGAUCUUGCACAGAGAGAGUGAGAAACCCACAUUAUAAUGGGGGAGCCCAGUAUCCAGAAAAUAUACAGCAGCAGACUGAGGUUUGAGGAGUACAUUCCUCAAACCACUCUAAAUAGCUUGUCCUGCUAUUUACAUUUAAUUUAAAUCUUCUCUACCUUCAAUAUCGGCACAAUAUUGGCACUGUAUUACACAAGUCAGUGCAGCUAGAGAGAAUUAUGAACAUGAGGGUUUAUUUUCUGGGGAUUUAGGGCUGCAGGACCACAUCUAGGCUCAGACCUCACUGCAUCCAGAGCCUUCCUCUUUGGUGGGAGUGGUGUGGAAGCAUCACAUUCUUUUGCAGCACAGGAGGCACUGAAGAGGGAGGGGAGCAAAAUGACCGAGGUGGUGCCCUGCAGGAUAUAAAUACAGGCAAAUCUCCUCCACAGUCCUCUGAGCACUAGAGAGGUGGGACCGAGACCCAAGGCAGACUGUGUGGGGUUUGUUUGGCAUUGAAGUUGAUUUUGAGCGUUUUCAGAUUUGUUAAUUGAAUUGGCAGGAGGAGAACCAAGCUCAAGAGACAGCAAGUUCACCAGUCACAGGAGCAAGGCAGAGCAAUGUCCCUGGCUGGGGUGAGCUGCCUGGUGACAGGAGCAGGAGGAUUCCUUGGCCAGAGGAUUGUGCGCUUGCUGCUGGAAGAAGAGGAGGCGCUGGCUGAGAUCCGCCUGCUGGACAAAGCCUUCAGCCAUGAAACCCUCGGGAGGUUUGACAAGUUCAAGGGUAAGACUGAGGUGAAGAUCCUGGAAGGGGACAUCCGAGAUGUGACAUUCCUGCACCGUGCCUGCCAGGGCGUCUCCCUCGUCAUCCACACGGCUUCCCUCAUCGACACCCUGGGCCUCAUCGAGAAGAAGCUGCUCUGGGAAGUCAAUGUAACAGGUACUCAGCUGCUGCUGGAGGCGUGUGUCCGCUGUAAUGUCCAGCACUUCAUAUACACCAGCACCAUCGAAGUGACGGGCCCAAACUGCAAAGGUGACCCCAUUUUCAAUGGUGAUGAAGAUACAGCUUAUGAGAGCACACCCAAAUUUCCUUAUGCCCAAAGCAAGAGACUGGCAGAGGAUUCCGUGCUGAAAGCAGACGGCCAGGUGCUGAAGGAUGGUGGCACGCUGAUGACCUGUGCCCUGAGGUCCAUGUACAUUUUUGGGGAAGGCUGCCCGUUUCUCCAGGGCCAUCUGGAUAAGUGCCUGUUGAACAAGAACAUCUACCUGCGCUUCUCCAGGAAGGAGGCUCUGGUGAACCCCGUGUACGUGGGGAACAUCGCCUGGGCACACGUGCAGGCAGCCAGAGCCCUCCGAGCCCCGCAGAAAGCCAAGCACGUCAGGGGCAAGUUCUACUACAUCUCAGAUGACACUCCUCACAUGAGCUACGCUGAUCUGAAUUACGAGCUGACCAAGGACCUGGGCUUUGGAAUUGAGCCCCAGCUGCCCAUGCCUCUGACAGUGCUCUAUUACUUCUCGCUGCUGCUGGAGAUCGUGAGCUUCUUGCUCCGGCCCUUUGUCAGAUACAUCCCCUCCACCAACCGGCACCUGGUCACGCUGCUCAACACCCCGUUCACCUUUUCUUACAGGAAAGCACAGCAGGAUUUGGGCUACGUGCCCCGCUACACAUGGGAAGAGGCCAAGAAGAGCACUGGUGAGUGGAUUGCCUCUGUGAUCCCCCAGAGAAGGGUGUGCUUACAGAGCAGCACUGCCUAAGCCUGAAGAGGAGCUGAAACCCAACUAAACAAGUAGGGCCUUGAGCCAGAGGGGAGCUGGGGGAAAAGCAGCAGCAUCAGCAAACUAGAAAGAAUUUAAAUGAAUACUUUGUGUAAAAGUCCACUGAAACCCCUCACCUUCAACUUCAUAAUAAAUAAAAGUGAAAUGUUCAUUUGUUUUUUGAGUGCAGGCUGAUGAGGGUAACUGUGCUGCAUGGUCCACACCCACUUCUACAUCUCUGCAGCACAAAGACUUAUUUUAGUAAGAUUCCACACAAUCCACAGUGUGAACACUUCAGCCCUUCUUUCACUCCACACCACCUCCAAUGCUUCUGUAAAACAGAACUUGUCCUACAAGUAUGAUUACACUUCACAAAUGUGCACCACUCAGCUAUGCCCUGUUCACUCAGUGUUUGCCAACCUCAGCAAACAGGCAGCAGGAAAAAGCCACCUGAUGGCAAAAGCUGUAACAAAUCUUGUUCACUUUUCCAAGGGUGUUGUGAAUUUCAUGUUCACCUGACAGUCAAACUUUGAGCACUGUAAGCAUUGUGAGAUCAAAAGUACAAUAGAAGUGCAAUACAGUUAUAGUUAGGACAGUGUGUGGAGGAAAAAAAGGGACAGAUUUGGUCAGGUGAAUACUUCUUUCUACAUCCUCAUUUUGCAAUAAAUCUGGUGGGUGUCCAGGAGAACGACUCCAAGAAAAUUAAAGGGAGAAAAAUAUUGCAGGACAGCCUUGGUCACCGAGGGGUUCCCACUGCAGAGUCAAUAUAUUUGUGAACAAUGAGAAAAAAUAAAGAAUGCUGAAAAAAGUCCUGCUGUUACCACGCUCCAGCUGGGAACAAAGGCUAACUUUAGGUGAUAGGUACAGAUGUGCUGCCCCUGUGCUUCUUUGAUGGCCACAUUAUCUUCUGCAGAAUGUGUAAUGUGACUUCUGGGCAAAAAUACAGAUCUUGUCUGAGCAAUCAGAUGUGAUCCAGCUUUUGUUUCUUAAACAUACAUCUCACUUGCUGAAAGCAAUUCUAAAAGAGGGGAAUUUCUCUGUUCUGUUUUGGUUGGUGUGAACAGAAACAUUUUACCUGACUCACUACUAAUGUAAAUAAAUCACAUUUUCAGGUAU